AUGAGCAGCGAACGUUGGAAACAAUAUUUUGAUUUCACAGCAAUUGAUAAUAACAGAACCAACGGUUAUUGUAAACUGUGUGAACGUAAUUACAAGGACAAAGUUGGCAUUUACAGUAAUUUUCUGAAGCAUUUGAAACGAAGCCAUUCUCGUGAAUACAGUCGAAUUUUUUCGAACGACAAUGAACAUUCUUCAGAAAGCACUUCCUUGGAAAAUACAGAUCAACAAUCGUCAGAUUUAUCGGUGUGCAAGUCAAAGCAAAAUCGAAUAAAUGCAGCAAUUGCGAAAUUUUUAAUCAUUAAGUGCAAUUUUCCGCUGAGUAUAGUGGAAAAUGCAUCAUUUCGCGAUUUUCUGAAGGAAUGCUCAAUCAAAUGGAAUCCGAUAUCGGUGAAAACAUUGAAAUUUGAUGCACUCCAUCAAUGUUUGGAUAAGGUGUCGACAACAAUUUACCAAACAUUACAAGAAGUCGAUUAUAUGACUUUAACUAUUGAUGGAUGGUCAGACAGAAAGUGUCGAUCGUUUCUAGGCAUCACUUCUCAUUUUAUUAAUGAGAAAAUUCAACCGGAAGCGUAUCUAAUCGACUUCGUGCGAUUGAAAUAUCCGCAUACUGGUGAAAAUAUUCAUCACAUUACGGAAUCGGUGUUGGAUCGUCUCAAUAUCAAAGAAAAAAUUUACCGAAUAGUCACUGAUAAUGCCUCAGCCAUGAUUAAAGCUUAUAAAUUUGGUUUAACAGUUAGUGAUGAUGCCAACGAUGAUGAUAUCACACCAUUCUCUGAUGUUCGCGACUUGUCCGGUGAUGAUAACGAUGAUAUCGAUGUCACUGAUUUCCAUCUUAUCAACGUUCAAUAUGAUGAUGAUAAUGAUGUUCACAUGUGCGAUAAUCCUUCUGAUGUACGUCUUGCAUGUUUUGCUCAUACGAUGCAGCUAUGUAUUCGAGAUGGCCUGAAGAAGGCAACUUAUGUACCCAAAGUGCUUGGAAAAUGCAAAGGUGUCGCGAAGUUUGCACACAAGUCAUCCAAAAUAGCCGAUUUGUUGGAACAAUUGAACAAGAGUAUACACAAAUACAAUUUAACUAGAUGGAACAGUGAAUUUAUGUUAAUCAAAUCGAUUUUUUCAAUUGGUAAAGAUGAUAUGGAUUCAAUUACAAGCUCAAUGGAAAAUCCAAUCAAGUUUUCAAGCAAUGAUUUCGUGGUUUUGGAAGAAUUAAUUGAUGUCCUGGAUCCAUUUUGUGAUAUAUCAAUAAAAUGUCAAGCUGAUCACGCUGUUACAGCCAGCUUGGUUGUUCCAUCUAUCACACAUUUACUUGGACACCUUCGAGAUAUGAAAGAACAUGUUAAAUUUGCUUCGAAACUUGUUCAACAUCUUCAGGAGAGUAUUAACACUCGUUUCUCUGGUAUGAUAAACAGAUUGCACCUUAUUGAUGUUACUGACAACGGUCAAUUUGGUGAUCCGCUAUAUUUUGCUGCCGCAGUGUUAGAUCCAGCGUUCAAAUUCUACUGGGUUCGAGAUUUACAGUUACCUGCUCAAGCAGAAAAUUCUUUAAAGCAAAAUAUCAUUCGAUUGAUCAUUGAAGAAAUGAACAAGGAUACGAGAACAACGAUCAAUGACUUGGAUCAAAGUAGCAUUUCAUCAUCAUCAUCGUCAUCAUCAUGCUGCUUCUCCACUAGUAAACCAAAAAGGCGAAAGUUAUUCCAUUAUGACGAAAACGAUAAUGGUAAAUUGAAUGAAUCAACAAGUCUUGAUCCAGCUGUCGAAUUAGAUGCGUAUCUAAAUGAUCCAAUUCGGACGAGUUUUUCUGAUUACUGGUUUCAUUCUCAGCUGCAUAUGUUAAAAAAAUUAGUCAAACGCAUAUUUUCCGUCCAAGCAUCUUCAGCGCCUAUCGAGCGCGUCUUUUCACAAGCCGGUAUCAUAUUUUCAAAUAAGAGAACAAACUCAGGCGAAAAGUUAUUCCGCGAUUUGGUCUACCUUCGUGUUAAUCAAAAUUUGUUAUGA